AUGGCAGCUGCAGCUGCAGCUUCAACAGCAGCGCUGACGCUCCGAGGCCUGCGACAAAAUUCCCGAUCCAUCCCCAUCUUUCUGUCUCCAGCUCGUCGUGCCGCAAUCCCAACGUCCAACACAAGAUUCCUCUCAAACACGCCGAAGAUGACGACCGCAUUCGCCGAGGCUGACGCAAAGGAGCCCAUCUUCGCUGCCGGAGUCGAUCAGGACCAAUUCCUUCCGCAGACGCAGGCUCUGCUCGAGGAGGGGCAGUGGACGCUGGACGAAGAGCGCAUGGGCGUGACCAAGACGUUCUACUUCAAGACCUACACAAAGUGUCUGAUCAUAGGCAUCCGCAGCAAGUCCAAGAACCAUCACUCGACCAUGACGAUCAAAGCUGGCUCUGUCCAAGUCCACUGGACGACGCACCACCCCCGCGGUCUCACGGACAAGGACAUCUACAUGGCGCAGUACUGCGACGAGCAGGCCCGGCUGAUCGGCACGGUAGACAGAAGUGAGGCGAACAAGUGCGGUCCGAAGACCAAGAAGGAAGAUGGCGCGGGGACCCAGUGA